UGAAAAAGGAUCACGUUAUUCCUUUGUUUGAAUCAAAAUAAACAAAGACAAACCUUGUAUAAUUUGUUUUCAUGCGCCCACUUGCACAUUCCUAUUGCUUAUGUUCUAAUCUAACCUUCCUCUACAAAACCCUUGCAUUUGCACCAGGAAUUCCUAUACGUCACAGAAAUUCUUCUCUUGCGAAAGUGUUGGACAACGUUGGCAUGGCAACCCAAGGUUCCCGAUCCCAGAUUGAACUUGUAGUAGACACGACCACGACCACGACCACCUCGACCGUUUCCAACAGUUUUAGCAACUAUCAACACUCAACCUCUUUCACAACGCUCCUAAUCUCUGUUCUGACCAAGUUGCAUGCAGGCUACUUCAGAAUAAGCCUCUCUCUCGGAAGCCAAGCAUUGCUGUGGAAGACGAUAAUCACAUCGGAACAAGACACAACCACUCUGCCGCACGUGCUUUCCACGCUUCCUUCAGCGGCUGUCUAUGCACUCUGGUCUCUCUCCCUUUUCACUCUAGUGUUACUCUCCCUUCUCUACCUCCUGAGGUGCUUCUUUUUCUUUAAAAUGGUGAAGGCCGAGUUCUUGCACCCUGUAGGGGUUAACUACCUCUUCGCUCCCUGGAUUUCGUGGCUUCUCUUGCUUGAAUCAGCGCCGUUCUUGGCGCCCAAAACCGCGUUGUACUUUGUUCUGUGGUGGGUGUUUGCGGUCCCGAUGAUGGUGCUUGACGUGAAGAUCUACGGGCAGUGGUUGACGAAGGGGAAGAGGGUUUUAUCUUCUGCAGCGGGGAACCCCACGAGCCAGUUGUCGGUGAUAGGGAACUUGGUGGGGGCACAAGCUGCCGCGCACAUGGGGUGGAAAGAGUGUGCGCUGUGGUUGUUUUCGGUGGGAAUGGUGCAUUACGUGGUGCUUUUAGUUACGCUAUAUCAGCGAUUAUCGGGUAGAGAUGGGGUUCCAGUGUUGUUAAGGCCAGUUUUGUUCUUGUUCAUUGCAGCACCUAGCGUAGCAAGCUUGGCUUGGGAAUCCAUUGUUGGAACCUUUGACACUGCUUCCAAGAUGCUCUUUUUUCUUUCCCUCUUCCUAUUCCUCUCACUGAUUUGCAGGCCAAGGCUGUUCAGAAGAUCAAUGAAAAGGUUCAACGUUGCAUGGUGGGCUUACUCAUUUCCGAUUACUGCACUUGCUCUUGUUUCAACGGAUUAUGCAGAAGAAGUGAAAGGAACUUUUUCUCACAUCCUAAUGCUCCUUCUGUUGGCUCUUUCAGUUCUUGUCUCCCUUGCUCUCACCAUGUUUACUCUCCUCAACUCUAACAUGCUUCUACCGGAUACAUAUAUAUAAC